AUUAAAACAGAAGACCUCAGUGACUCCUUGCAAACGUCCCUGUCCUCCAGAUCAAGUCACCUAGCCCAGGGCAAUCCCAUGAUGCCCGGAGGACAAAUUCCUGGGAAUAAGGCUUCCCCAGAGAAUGUGAAUUCUCUUCAUACUUUGCAGCAACUUGUGCAAGUUCCAGGGCCUAUGCAGUCUGUCCCACUAUUCCUGCUUUCUCAAAGCCCAGCAGGACAGCAAGCUCUCCAGUCAAACCUUCUCUCCUUUCCUCAGCAGCAAAGUGGGCUUCUGCUCCCACAGCAUGGACACAGCUUAGCAUCUCAGGCCAUGGGACGUCCUGGACACCCUGGGUCAUCGUUGGAGCCUCACCUGGAGGCCCCUCAACACUUACAAGUGGCCAAACACUUGUCGUCCUCCAUGGCAACAGAUGAAGCCAAUGAUUUGGAAGAGCUGGAAAAAUUUGCCAAGACUUUUAAGCAGAGGCGCAUCAAACUGGGGUUUACGCAGGGCGAUGUGGGUCUGGCUAUGGGGAAACUCUAUGGAAAUGACUUCAGCCAGACCACCAUUUCUCGCUUUGAAGCUCUCAACCUGAGCUUCAAGAACAUGUGCAAGCUAAAACCACUCCUGGAGAAAUGGCUGAGUGACGCAGAAUCCUCCCCCUUGGACUCGUCCGUCAGCAGCCCCACUUCCUACCCCUCUGUGAGCGAGAUGUUUGGACGCAAGAGAAAGAAACGAACCAGCAUUGAGACCAACAUUCGCUCCACGCUGGAGAAACGGUUCCAGGACAACCCCAAGCCCAGCUCGGAGGAAAUCUCCCUGAUUGCGGAACAGCUGGCCAUGGAAAAAGAAGUGGUCCGAGUCUGGUUCUGCAACCGAAGGCAAAAGGAAAAACGGAUCAGCUGUCCAAUGCCUUCCCCCAUGAAGUCACCCCUCUACAACUCCAGACUG